UUGCCAGAAAAAAACCUUCCCUGAGCCCCAGCAAGGCCGGGAUUUGCCACUGGGCUGUGCCGAUGACCGUCAGCAUCAAUAAGGCCAUUAAUGCGCAGGAAGUGGCUGUCAAGGAGAAACACGCCAGGACGUGCAUCCUGGGCACACACCACGAGAAGGGAGCCCAGACCUUCUGGUCAGUGGUGAACCGGCUGCCACUGUCCGGCAAUGCCGUGCUCUGCUGGAAGUUCUGCCACGUCUUCCACAAGCUCCUCCGGGAUGGACAUUCCAAUGUCCUGAAAGACUCCGUGAGAUACAAGAAUGAGCUGAGUGACAUGAGCAGGAUGUGGGGCCACCUGAGCGAGGGCUACGGGCAGCUCUGCAGCAUCUACCUCAAACUGCUGAGAACCAAGAUGGAAUUUCACACCAAGAAUCCCCGCUUCCCUGGCAAUCUGCAGAUGUCCGACCGGCAGCUGGACGAGGCCGGGGAGAACGACGUGAACAACUUUUUUCAGCUGACGGUGGAGAUGUUUGACUACCUGGAGUGUGAGCUGAACCUCUUCCAGACAGUGUUCAGCUCCCUGGACAUGUCGCGCUCGGUGUCGGUGACAGCAGCAGGGCAGUGUCGCCUGGCCCCGCUCAUCCAGGUCAUCCUGGACUGCAGCCACCUCUACGACUACACCGUCAAGCUGCUCUUCAAGCUCCACUCGUGUCUGCCGGCGGAUACGCUGCAGGGCCACCGGGAUCGCUUCCUGGAGCAGUUCCGAAAGCUCAAGGACCUCUUCUAUCGCUCCAGCAACCUUCAGUACUUCAAGCGGCUGAUUCAGAUCCCGCAGCUGCCAGAGAACCCCCCCAACUUCCUGCGAGCCUCGGCGCUGUCGGAGCACAUCAGCCCCGUGGUGGUGAUCCCUGCUGAGGCGUCCUCCCCUGACAGCGAGCCCAUCACAGACCUGGUGGAGAUGGACACGGCCUCGCAGAGCCUGUUUGACAACAAGUUUGACGACAUCUUCGGCAGCGCCUUCAGCUGCGACCCCUUCAACUUCAACAGCCAGAACGGGAUGAACAAGGAUGACAAGGACCGGUUAAUCGAGCAGCUUUACGGGGAGAUCGCAGCCCUGAAGGAGGAGCUGGAGAACUUCAAGGCCGAGAGCGCGCGGGGUGCGGUGCAGCUGAGGGGCCGUGCCAGCGAGCUGGAGGCUGAGCUGGCCGAGCAGCAGCACCUGAAGCAGCAGGCGCAGGACGAGAGCGAGUUCCUGCGCACGGAGCUGGAGGAGCUCAAGAAGCAGCGGGAGGACACCGAGAAGGCUCAGCGGAGCCUGACGGAGAUCGAGAGACGGGCGCAGGCCAACGAGCAGCGCUACAGCAAACUGAAGGAGAAGUACAGCGAGCUGGUGCAGAACCACGCUGACCUGCUGCGCAAGAACGCGGAGGUGACCAAGCAGGUGACGGUGGCCAGGCAGGCCCAGGGGGAUGUGGAGCGGGAGAAGAAGGAGCUGGAGGACUCCUUCCAGAGGGUGAGCGAGCAGGCACAGAGGAAGUCUCAGGAGCAGGCAGAGGUGCUGGAGACGCUGAAGCGGGAGCUGGCAGCCAGCAGGCAGGAGCUGCAGGUGCUCCAGGGCACACUGGAGUCCAGCACGCAGGCGGGAGCAGAGCAGAACUCCCGGAUCAGCAGCCUGGAGCAGGAGCGGGACCGGCUGAGCCAAGCAGCGGAGCGGCACGGGCAGGACAUGGCAGCGCUGCGGGCGGAGCUGCAGCAGCUGCGGGACACGCUCAGCCGGGAGCAGGAGAGCAGCAGGAACGAGCUGGAGUCGCUGCAGAGCCAGCUGAGAGACAAGGUGGGCCAAGGUCAUGGAAUGCAGGGGACUGGGUGGGAAGGAUGCUGGGGUGAGAAGGUGCCAGGAGACCAGCUGGGCAGGAUGCUGGGACAAGUAGGAUCAGGAUGGGCAGGAUGCCAGGGCAGGCAGGGACCAGACACCUCCAUCCCUCCAUGCGGCCCCCUCACCCCCUGUGCUGCCAACACAGGUCUGCUGGAGCUGUGCAGGCAGUGUGGCAGCGAGGCCCUGAGCUACCUCAGUGCCCUGCAAGACCCAGGGACAGUGGCAGGUGCUGACUGCAGCCCAGUGACAGCCUGCCUGGGCAGGAUCAGCACCAUUGCAGAGGAGCUGCGUCCCAGAGGGCUGGACGUCAAGCAGGAGGAGCUGGGUGACCUGGUGGACAAGGAGAUGGCGGCGACGGCCGCGGCCAUCGAGACGGCGUCUGCCCGCAUCGAGGAGAUGCUGAGCAAGGCACGGGCCGGUGACACUGGGGUCAAACUGGAAGUGAACGAGAGGAUCCUGGGCUCCUGCACGGGCCUCAUGCAGGCCAUCCACGUCCUGGUCCUGGCCUCCAAGGACCUCCAGAGAGAGAUCGUGGAGAGUGGACGGGGAGCAGCAUCCCCCAAGGAGUUCUACGCCAAGAAUUCCCGCUGGACCGAGGGUCUCAUCUCCGCCUCCAAGGCCGUGGGCUGGGGUGCCACCGUCAUGGUUGACGCUGCCGACCUGGUGGUGCAAGGCAAGGGGACGUUCGAGGAGCUGAUGGUCUGUUCCCGGGAGAUCGCGGCCAGCACCGCUCAGCUGGUGGCAGCCUCCAAGGUGAAGGCAGACAAGGACAGCGCCAACCUUUGCAAGCUCCAACAAGCCUCCCGGGGGGUCAACCAGGCCACAGCCGGUGUGGUGGCCUCCACCAAAGCUGGGAGGUCACAGGUGGAGGAGAAAGACAGCAUGGACUUCUCCAGCAUGACACUCACCCAGAUCAAGCGUCAGGAGAUGGACUCACAGGUGCGGGUGCUGGAGCUGGAGAACCAGCUGCAGAAGGAGCGGCAGAAGCUGGGGGAGCUGCGCAAGAAGCACUACGAGCUGGCCGGAGUGGCCGAGGGCUGGGAGGAGGAUGCUGCAGAGUAGCCCCAGUGGCAGCAGCAGCCCCCGGGGGACACCUGGGGCCUCGCAGGGGACACCCCUGGGACCCCGUUCGAUGCAGCCUUUUGGGAAGAUCCCCACGGAUCCGGUGCAGAAGCCUCCCCGAAGCACACGCCCCCCUCAUCCCCCAGGAGCC